AUGGAUGUUUCCGGGUUUGCAUUGAUCACUGGAGCUGCAUCGGGCAUUGGCAGAGCCUGUUCACUGGCAUUCGCCGCCGAGGGCGCUGCUGGCUUGGCCCUCUUCGACCUUGACCAGGGGUCUUUGUCAGCUGUGAAGGCAGAAAUCGAGGAGCAACUAUCCAAGCAAAAUAAGUCGGACAAGUGCCGCAUUGAAACAUAUGUCGUCAACGUAGCAGAUGAAGACCAGGUCAACAAAUCUAUCACGGCCGCUGCCGAUGCCUUUGGCCGCAUCGACUAUGUGGUCAACGCUGCAGGCAUCGCGAUGAAACACAAGGGUGGCGCGGCCUUUUCUGAGACCGCAGACUGGCAAAAGAUCGUCGAUGUCAAUCUUACGGGAUCAUUCUUUGUUCUCAGAGCCGCGUGCAAGAUUAUUCUGGAACAAAAACCCAUUCUUUCCGCCAUUGACGGACGGCCGCUCCAGCGGGGCUCCAUUGUCAAUUUUGGUUCUAUUCAGGCAGUUGUUGGACUGCCUAUGUCGACAGCAUACACAGCCACUAAGCACGGGAUCCUGGGGCUGACGCGAACUGCGUCAGAGGAUUAUGCGAAGGACGGCGUGCGGAUCAAUGCUCUCUGCCCCGGAUACACUGAAACACCUUUGACGACUAAGCCGGAGAUCCUCGAGGUUAUGAAUGAGAAGGUUCAAAACAUGGUGCCCAUGCAGCGAAUGGGUUCAGCACGGGAAAUUGCGGACGGUGUGCUAUAUCUGGCUGGUGGCCGCGCUUCUUUCGUGACUGGAACUGCGCUCUUUGUGGAUGGCGGAUAUACUCAGCGAUAA